AGGAAGAUACAGAGAAAAGCGUCUUUGUCCUUUUAGAUGAUGAGGAAUACGAGAUUAGUUUCAUUGACCCACCCACGAUAGCUGAGACACCGAGUGAUGAACAAUUGGAUUCAGAUGCCUAUGUCGUGGUAUAUUCAAUAACAGAUCGCUGUUCCUUCGAAAAGGCUGUAGACUAUUUAUUUAAACUUCGUGAAAAGGGUUGCACAAUGAACAAAGCAGUUAUACUGGUGGGCAACAAGUCGGAUCUUGUAAGGUCAAGAGCUAUUACAGCAGAAGGUGAGUCUGCUUCUUCCAUACUUUUAUGUCAUUUUUAA